AUUGUAUUGUCAUGUUAUUCUGUGUUAUUGUUUAUUGUUAAGUGGAAUAAAACAUUUCCAAUUACACCAGAUUGAUUCAACGCUACACAAGGUUAUUCCAGAGAAAGAAAAAUCAAUAACUCCAACUUCACUUUGAUGGUUGAUAAAGUAGUAAACAUAACCUCAACAAUUGUAUUGGAAUGUUUUAAAGAAAUGGAUAUUUUAAAAGCGGAAAUCGCAAGAAAACGUAAAUUAUUAGAAGAAAAACAACUAAUCGAUUCAAAUAAAAAAUGUUUCAAAAGAGGUGAUUUAUUAGCAAAAGAAAAUGAAAAGUACCAAGACAAAUACGGUACAGCCCCCAAAGAAGAAUUAACAACGAAAAAGAAACGUCCGGAAGAAAAUUCCUACGAAAACACCCCCGAUCAUAUCCCACCUCGUCACGAAGUCAUAUCGAAACUUCGAGAUCGUGGUGAACCAAUUUUAUUGUUUGGAGAGUCUCAAAUUGAUUCGUUUAAACGAUUAAGACACUGCGAAAUAUUAGAACCGGAAGUAAACCGAGGAUUUAGAAAUGAUUUUCAAGAGGCGAUGGAAAAAGUUGAUCAAGCUUAUUUAGAUGAGCUCUUAAUUUCGAGUGAGGGUAAAAACGAACGUAAUAAGGACUCAAAUGUUGAUCAAGAACAAGAAGCGAAUUAUGAGGAUAUACAGGAGAUGGCUAGGAAGAUGGGUUGUGGUAAUCGGGACCAUGAUAUGACGGUUAUUACAAAAUUUAUUGAGUUUAUGUUAAAAAUGUGGCAAGAUCAAUUACAAAAUCGUCCCCCGGAAGAAAAAAUGGGAACAAAAGGAAAAUUGGCAGGCGCUAUUUACGCUCAAACGAAAGUCUAUUUAAAACCUUUAUUAAAAAAAUUAAAAACAUUUACAUUACCCGAAGAUAUCUCUGACAGUUUAACGGAAAUUGUGGAACAUUUAUUGCACCGUAACUAUUUAAAGGCAAGCGAUGCGUAUCUUCAAAUGGCUAUUGGAAAUGCUCCUUGGCCAAUCGGUGUGACGAUGGUGGGUAUUCACGCGAGAACAGGCCGAGAAAAAAUCUUUUCAAAGAAUGUUGCGCAUGUAAUGAACGAUGAAACGCAAAGAAAAUACAUUCAAGCUUUAAAAAGGUUAAUGACGAAAUGCCAGGAAUAUUUUCCAACUGAUCCAUCGAGAUGUGUUGAAUAUAACGCUUUUAAUGGACCACAAGUGCCGGGGAAAAGUUCAUAGAUUAAAAUAAUUAAUUUUGAAGUUUUUAAUGAUUAUACCAGGAAUUUCAUUUUACUAGCAAUAUAUGAAUGUAGUAACCAUAGUUACGAAAUUACUUACAUUGUCCCACGUAACAUGAAUGUUUCUAGUUCUAGAUGUAAUGUUAGUUCUAAUUUUACACUAACACUGUUACUAUGUAGAAUAA